CUCGUAAUGGAGGACGUUGGGUGUGACUUUGAGCUGACGCCCAUUAUCAUCGAGGAGUUGAGGCCGGAUGAAGUGCUGGUCGAGAUGAAGUAUUCAGGCAUCUGCCAUACUGACUUCCUCAUGCAAAACGGCCACCUCAAAUCCAUCCUCCAAUACCCCGCCAUCGCCGGGCACGAAGGGGCGGGUAUCAUCCGCGCCAUCGGCUCCCACGUCCAAAACCAGUCCCUCAGGGAAGGCGACCCCGUCCUCCUCUCCUUCACCUGGUGCAGCAACUGCAACCCCUGCAAAGAACAAAACCCCGCCAGAUGCGAAGCCUUCCCACUCAUCAACAUUCCCGCCACACGCUGGCCAGACGGCAGCUCCUCGGCCAAGCUCGCAGCCGACGGCCGGCCCGUGGGCGGGCAAUUCUUCGGGCAGUCGUCCUUCUCUCGCUUCUCGGCCGUCCAUGAGAAGUGCGUCGUGAAAUGUCCGUAUCCGGACGAACUGUCCCUGUCGAUCUACGCGCCUAUGGGUUGUGGCUAUCAGACUGGUGCCGGAGCGGUGCUUAAUAUUCUCAAGCCCAAGCCAUGGCAGACUAUGGCCAUCUUUGGGGUGGGGAGUGUGGGAUUUGCGGCGCUGAUGGCGGCUGCGUCUCUGAAACCGAAGCAGAUCAUUGCUGUUGAUCUUGUGGAGGGGAAACUUGCGCUGGCAAAGAGUCUAGGGGCGACGGAUGUUAUCAACCCUAGUUCAAGUUCUGAACAGGGAGUGGAUACAGUUGAGGAGAUUAAGAGACUGACCGGGGGACGUGGCGUGGACUUUUCGAUUGAUACCACGGGGGUUCCCAGGGUUAUAAAACAGAUGCUGGACUGUCUGGCGCUUGGGGGGACGGCGGCAUCGAUUGGUGCUCCGCAGCCUGGCCAGGAUAUCACGCUGGACGUGGGGAUGUACUUUGCGACGUUCAAGAACUGGUUGAGUGUUGUUGAAGGGGAUUCGUAUCCUCCAGAGUUCAUCCCUGAGCUUAUUAAACUCCACCGAGAGGGGAAGUUUCCGGUUGACAAGAUCAGCAAAGUCUAUCCAGUUGCCGAGUUCAAGACGGCCGUCGCAGAUAUGGAAGCGGGGAAGGUGAUUAAGCCGAUCAUUCAGUUCUAAGGCGUCAAGCUGGUACUGUAGGAGUAAGGCGUGAUAGAGUCUCCUGCCGUAUGAGGCGAUAAUAGACUUUGCCCCCUAGCCCUGCAACGGCUUGAUCAGGUUCUCGAUGUGCCGGUGGGCCAGGUCCCUCGAGGUAACCGCGUCCUCCAGGCUGUCAUGUCCUUUCCUUCCCCGAGUCUGGAUUUCUCUUCCAAGCUUCCUCAAAGCGAGAUCCUUGAGCGACAGACUCAGUCUCUCGGCCUUGCCAUCUUCAGCUUUCCCACCUUCAUUUGCUGCUUCACCCCCCUUUUCUUCCCUCGAACUCACCCCCUCC